UAUUUUGUCUGGUGAGCCUAUAGUGAUAUUGUGGUCUGUUGUAUCACAAUGAAAUGAAUGUAUAAUGCAAAAUCAAAAUGUGUUAAAAACCUUAGCACUUUAUGGUUGAUCUACAACUUAAGUGGCCAUUUCUUAGGGGAUUAAAAAGAAAGAACAUUCAGUGAUAAUAAAGUAAUUUUGCUGUGUUAAAGUCGACCUGCUCCUCAUUGGUUUAUUGCUGAUGGGUUCAUUUUGUGUUUUUUUUUUUUUUUUCCUCAGCUGGUUUUUGGCACAACACCAUCCUGGUCCUAAAACUGAAAACUGAAUCCGGUCCUGCUUGUUUAGGCACCUGUGUAUGAGGAAGCAAGUGGGAGACAAAGUCCGUCAGUCUUCCAGUCAGGCGGUGAGUCAGUCAGCGGCACGAUGAGUCUGAAUGUACCAGGUCUGGUGGUGAUGGUGCUCUUCUACCUGCUGGUGCUGGGCAUCGGCAUCUGGGCCUCCAUGAAGUCCAAGCGGCUGCAGAAGAGCAGCCAGGCGGACCGGACAGAGGUCACUCUGCUGGGCAACAGAGGGAUCAGCCUGGUGGUGGGAGUCUUCACCACGACUGCUACAUUUGUUGGAGGAGGCUUCAUCGUUGGUAUGACGGAGGCCGUGUACACGCCAACCAUGGGACUGGUGUGGGCGGUCAUACCAGUAACAGCAGCCACCUCUUUCAUAGUUGGCGGACUUUUCUUCGCCAAGCCGAUGAGAGACAAAAAAUAUGUGACAAUGAUGGACCCGUUCCAGAUCAAGUAUGGAAACGUAGUAAGUGGAGCUCUGUCUGUGGCACUGGUGAUCUCUGACAUCAUUUGGGUAACAGGAACUCUAAUUGGUUUAGGUGCAACAAUGAGUGUAAUCCUGGAUUUCCCCUAUAGUGUUUGCAUCUGGAUCUCGGCCGCAGUAGCCAUCAUCUACACACUUCUGGGAGGCCUCUACUCUGUAGCAUACACAGACAUCAUACAGCUAGCCCUUAUAUUCUUCAGUUUGUGGUUAUGUGUCCCCUUCCUCCUUGUGAACCCACAUUCAGCUGACAUCACCAAGACUGCUUUCAACUUCACCUACCAGGCUCCCUGGAUUGGUUCAGUGGAUAAAGAAAGGGCGUGGAGGUGGAUUGAUAAUUUCUUAAUAUUGGCUUUGGGUAACCUCGGAUAUCAGGACUUCCACCAGAGGACCCUGUCUGCUGCCUCUCCAGCCACGGCCAGGAUCACCUGCUUAAUUGCGGCUCCCGUCAUCUUCAUAUUCGGAAUCCCAUCCAUUUUGAUUGGAGCAGUCGCAGCGUCAACAGACUGGAACAUGACCGAGUACGGUUCCCCGUCCCCGUACGAGCGCGGAGAGGCCGGUCAGGUUCUGCCCAUCGCUCUGCAGCACCUCACCCCACAUUACAUCUCCAUCAUCGGUAUCGGAGCUAUAGCUGCUGCUGUGAUGUCGUCAACGGACUCGGCUCUUUUGUCAGGCGCCUCCAUCUUUACAACCAACAUCUAUAGGAACAUCCUGAGGACCAAUGCAUCAGAUAGGGAGCUCCAGUGGGUGAUCCGUGUCACUGUGGUGGUGGUGGGCCUGGCCGGCACAGCGCUCACCAUCCUACACAACAGCAUUAUGGCUUUCUGGAUCCUGGGUUCAGGCAUAACCUACACCGUCAUGUUCCCCCAGCUCGUCUGCAUCCUUUUCUUUCCCAUCUCCAAUGGCUACGGCUCCACCAUGGGGCUCCUUAUUGGAGUGUUGUUGAGAGUACUGAGCGGCGAGCCAUCGAUAGGAUUGCCUGUUGUUCUCCACUUCCCAGGUUGCACUCUUGAGGACGGCAUAUAUGUCCAGCACGCUCCUAUUCAGACUAUCUGCAUGUUGUCCACCCUGUUUUCGACUUUAUUGUUCUCGUUCCUGGCUUCACAGCUCUUCAAUAAAGGACUGAUUUCUGAGAGAUGGGACGUAUUUAAAGUGAAAACCUACAAACCGCCAGAGAACCUGAUGCUACAGAGCAAUGGCACCGCCGAAACAAAUGAGAAGGAGAAACCUGAAGUUCAGAAUGAAUCUGAAUUAAUGUUGACCACGAAUCAGCAUGCUUGAAAGAAAAAAUGUUUUCAUGGGAUGCAAACAUGUUUUGUACAGUGUUAAAUGAUCAUGUCUCUAUUUUUGUACCAAAUUCUUAUUACCAGAUAAUAAGAAUUCAUCACUUGCAACAAGUGCACGUGUUAGGUAAUUUUUUAAUGAUUGCUUUGACAAUGGUGAAAACAUUUUGUUUUUUUCUGAAGCACUACACUUAAGUACAAUUUUAGGUAUUUUUAUUUGACUUUAGAAUUUCCAUUUUCUGUUCAUUUAUACUAAUACUCCACUGUAUUGAAAACUUUUUAUUCAACUUCAUUUAUUUAAUAGUUUAAGUCGCUAGUUACGAGAUUUGUUUUUUUUUUUUUUAUCCCGAAGGGAAAUUUACAAGCACACAUUACCACCUGCCACAUUUAAGGUAUACUAUGCAGGAUUUUCCUUAAAAAAUGCAUAUAUGCAUACAUAAGUAGUCCCUUUUAAGACUGACUUAUGAGCCAUCAAAUGUAUGUGGUGCUGUAUUUCUCUGCAGACUCUGCCGUCAGUUUGGGGUCAGCUUUUACUUUCACUGUCGCAGUUGAGCACGUUAACCGACAGUCAUACUUAGUAUACCUUUAAAGUUAUAAGCGCAUUAAUAAAUCUAUAGUUAAAAUCCAGUGAUGGAACAUGUAUUGUUCUGAAUGGCACCAUUGUGCAUUAUGAGAACUUUUUUUGUUUUUGUUGGUAUUCUGUGUAUAUUUUGAUACUUUUACUUCAAUGCAUGUUUAAUGCUGGCCUCUUGUAUCAGUGUAUCUUUCUAUCUCUAGUUAGAUUUUUUCACUUAUACUUAUAAAAAAGAUCAGAGCACUUCUUUCACCACUGUGCUUUGGUCUUAUUUAUUUUAUUCUAUUUCAUGUAGAUUUGACUAACUGGGCCUGUUGACUUUUGUUACUUGCACAUAAUACUGAUGGAAUUUUAUGUUAAACUGCCAAUACAAGCCGAAACAAGCCAUGAGAACAACAAAU